AGGAAAGAGAAGGCGAAAAAGGAAACACCAAAAAGAGAGAGAAAGAGGGAGAGAGAGAGAGAGAGAGAGAGCGAGCACGAAGAGGUCGGUGCGCGGCGGAGAAAAAAGGAGGGUUUUUGAGGGACCCUUUCGAUCGGGAGAGGGGGAUUGGGUUCCCUCUCUCUUUCUCUUUCUAUCCUCGUCACCAAAUCGAAGUUGCUUUGUCUCCUUACCUCUCCUGGCGAUCUCUUCUUCGCCUUCGAAUCGCCGAGCUCGAAGUAGAGGAAAGGAGGAACCGGUGGGAGUUUGAGUUUGCUCUUGGACUCAGAAUCCGAGAAAUUUGGUGGAGUAGAUCGGAAGUAGUACGUGUAGAGAGAUUAGAGGUGUUCCAUUUGAUCGAUUUGGUGGAUCCGAGUAGUUGGGAUCUCUCCAUUCGUGGCGAAAUCGGUUGUUUUUCUAGUGUUCAGGGGCUCUAAACUCUAAAGUGUGGUGAUUUGUGGCCACUUUGAGCAUCUGAUUGCGUCGGGAUCUCGAAAUGGCUGCUUCAGUUAGUAUUACAAUGGGAACUCAGGUGUGGGUUGAGGAUCCCGACGAUGCUUGGAUUGAUGGAGAAGUUGUCGAAGUCAAUGGCGAUACAAUCAAGGUCCAAUGUACCUCCGGAAAGAUGGUCACGGCUAAAAUUUCUAGCAUACAUCCCAAGGAUCCCGAGGCAGCACCGUGUGGAGUGGAUGACAUGACAAAAUUAGCCUAUUUGCAUGAGCCAGGGGUUCUGCAGAAUUUAAAAUCUCGAUACGACAUGAAUGAAAUUUAUUCUUAUACUGGAAAUAUUUUAAUUGCUGUAAAUCCUUUCCGGAGGCUACCUCAUCUCUAUGAUACCCAUAUGAUGGAACAGUACAAGGGAGCGACAUUUGGUGAAUUAAGUCCACACCCUUUUGCAAUUGCAGAUGCUGCAUAUAGGCUGAUGAUAAAUGAAGGUAUAAGUCAAUCUAUCCUUGUAAGUGGAGAAAGUGGAGCUGGUAAAACAGAAAGCACUAAACUGCUCAUGCGUUACCUUGCCUACAUGGGAGGGAAGGCUUCGUCUGGUGGCCGCUCUGUGGAACAGCAAGUUCUGCAGUCCAACCCUGUUCUUGAAGCAUUUGGCAAUGCAAAGACUGUCAGAAAUAAUAACUCGAGCCGCUUUGGCAAGUUUGUUGAGAUUCAGUUUGAUCAGAAUGGGAGGAUAUCAGGUGCUGCCAUCAGAACUUACCUGCUUGAGCGGUCUCGCGUUUGUCAAGUAUCUGAUCCUGAGAGGAACUACCAUUGUUUUUAUAUGCUCUGUGCUGCACCACCUGAGGAUAUUGAGAGAUAUAAGUUGGGAGAUCCUAGAGCAUUUCAUUAUCUUAACCAGUCGAACUGCCAUGCCCUUGAAGGGGUAGAUGAUUCUAAGGAAUAUCUGGAAACUAGAAGAGCUAUGGAUAUCAUUGGAAUCAGCUCUGAUGAACAGGACGCGAUUUUCCGGGUAGUGGCUGCUAUUCUCCAUUUGGGAAAUAUUGAAUUUGCCGAGGGGAAUGAAACAGAUUCUUCCAAGCCCAAAGAUGAUAAAUCCUGGUUUCAUUUAAGAACAGCUGCUGAGCUCUUCAUGUGUGAUGAGAAAGCCCUUGAGGACUCUCUUUGCAAACGUAUUAUUGUAACUCGUGAUGAAAACAUAGUAAAGACUCUAGAUCCUGGUGCUGCAGUUCUUAGUAGAGAUGCCCUGGCUAAGAUUGUGUAUUCACGCUUAUUUGAUUGGCUUGUUACUAAGAUCAAUAAUUCUAUCGGGCAAGAUCCUGAUUCGAAGUGCUUAAUUGGAGUUCUUGAUAUAUAUGGCUUCGAAAGCUUCAAGACAAACAGCUUUGAGCAGUUUUGUAUCAAUCUGACGAAUGAAAAACUACAGCAGCACUUUAAUCAGCAUGUUUUCAAGAUGGAGCAGGAAGAAUAUACAAAAGAAGAAAUCAAUUGGAGUUAUAUUGAAUUCAUUGACAAUCAGGACGUGCUUGAUCUCAUUGAUAAGAAACCUGGUGGGAUCAUUGCCCUUCUUGAUGAGGCUUGUAUGUUGCCAAGAUCGACACAUGAAACAUUCGCUCAAAAGCUGUACCAGACUUUUAAGAACCAUAAACGCUUCAGCAAGCCAAAAUUAUCACGCACGGAUUUUACCAUCUCCCACUAUGCUGGCGAAGUUACUUAUCAGACGGACUUCUUUCUAGAUAAAAACAAAGAUUAUGUUAUUGCUGAGCACCAGGCGCUCUUGAGUGCCUCAAAAUGUUCAUUCGUUUCGAGCCUUUUUCCGCCCCUUUCAGAGGACUCAUCAAAAUCUUCAAAAUUUUCAUCUAUAGGCUCAAGAUUCAAGCAACAAUUACAAGCUCUCCUAGAUACUUUAAGUGCCACUGAGCCACAUUACAUUCGCUGUGUUAAGCCAAAUAAUCUGUUGAAGCCUGCCAUAUUCGAGAAUAAGAAUGUUCUACAGCAACUUCGAUGCGGGGGAGUUAUGGAAGCAAUUAGGAUAAGCUGUGCUGGGUAUCCAACCAGAAGAACAUUCUACGAGUUCUUAGAUCGCUUUGGCAUUCUUGCACCUGAAGUUUUAAGUGGAAGUUCUGAUGAGGUCACUGCUACAAGGAGGUUGUUAGAGAAGGUGGAUCUCCAAGGUUACCAAAUAGGCAAGACAAAGGUAUUUCUUCGAGCUGGUCAGAUGGCUGAUCUCGAUGCUCGUAGGAACGAAGUGUUGGGCCGAUCUGCUAAUAUUAUUCAAAGGAAAGUUCGAUCAUACUUUUCUCGCAGGAGUUUCAUAUUACUGCGAAAAUCAGCUAUACGGCUCCAGACCAUUUGCCGAGGGCAUCUUGCCAGGCAAGUUUAUGAAAACCUACGGAGAGAAGCUGCUGCUCUGAGAAUCCAGACAUGCUAUCGCAUGCAUUUUGCUAGGAAAGCUCACAAUGAGUUGCUUUCUUCAGCGAUUACAAUUCAAUCUGGUUUACGUGGAAUGGCCGCUCGUAAGGAGCUCAAUUUCAGGCGACAAACAAGAGCUGCAAUUGUUAUACAGAGUCAAUGCCGGCAAUACCUGGCGCGCUUGCAUUAUUCAAGAAUAAAGAAAGCCACAAUUACUACUCAAUGUGCUUGGAGAGGAAGGGUUGCUAGAAAAGAACUACGAAAGCUUAAAAUGGCGGCAAGGGAAACUGGCGCACUUCAAGCUGCCAAAAAUAAACUGGAAAAGCAAGUUGAGGAACUCACAUGGAGGCUACAACUGGAGAAACGCAUGCGGGCUGACCUCGAGGAAGCAAAAGCACAAGAAAAUGCAAAGCUGCAAGCUGCCUUGCAGGAGGUGCAACAACAGUUUAAGGAGACCAAAGAAAUGCUGAUGAAGGAACGUGACGCUGCUAAGAAGGCUGCUGAGAUUGUUCCUGUUAUUAAGGAGAUCCCUGUUGUUGAUACGGAGUUGAUGGACAAAUUCAAAGCUGAAAAUGAGAAGCUUAAGGCUUUGGUGAGUUCUCUAGAGAUGAAGAUUGAUGAAACUGAAAAGAAGUAUGAAAAAACGAGCAGAAUCAGCGAAGAGAGGCUGAAGAAGGCUAUGGAGGCUGAGUCAAAGAUAGUUGACUUGAACAAUGCAAUGCAAAGGCUUCAAGAAAAAUUAUUGAACAUGGAGUCUGAGGAUAAAAUUCUCCGACAGCAGGCCUUCUUGAAUUCACCUGUAAAAAACAUAUCUGAACAUUUAUCAAUUCCAUUGACGCCCAAAAAACAGAGUAUAGAGAAUGGUCAUCAUGAAGUCGAAGAGCCGAAGGAACCUCAAAGUGCACCUCCGGCUAUUAAGGAUUAUGGAAAUAGUGAUCCUAAACUGAGGAGAUCAUAUAUUGAGCGGCAGCAUGAGAAUGUUGAUGCACUGAUCAAUUGCGUGGCUAAAAAUCUUGGAUUUAGCCAGGGUAAGCCGGUGGCUGCAUUUACCAUAUAUAGAUGUCUUCUUCAUUGGAAGUCCUUUGAAGCAGAGAAGACCAGUGUUUUUGACCGCCUUAUUCAGUUAAUUGGUUCUGCCAUUGAGAACGAGGAGAACAAUGACCAUCUUGCUUAUUGGCUAUCAAAUACAUCCAGCUUGCUUUUUCUGCUACAAAAGAGUCUUAAGGCGGCUGGUGGAGUUGGGACUGCAUCGCGUAAGAAACCUCCUCCAACAUCAUUAUUUGGAAGGAUGGCUCAGGGCUUCCGCUCGUCGGCAUCUUUUGCAAAUAUCCAUGUGGAAGCAUUGGAUGUUGUUCGCCAAGUCGAGGCCAAGUACCCUGCCUUGCUUUUCAAGCAGCAGCUAACUGCUUAUGUGGAGAAAAUAUUUGGAAUUAUCCGAGACAAUGUGAAAAAAGACAUGUCUUCCUUGAUCUCAUUAUGCAUUCAGGCUCCAAGGACAACGAAGGCAAGUGUGCUCCGAGGGACAGGGCGUUCAUUUGGGAGUCACUCUCAAAGCAACCACUGGCAGAGCAUCAUAGAGAACCUCGAUAGCUUUUUAAAAACAUUACAAGAUAACUAUGUUCCCCCAGUUUUAGCUCAGAAGAUCUUUACCCAGAUAUUCUCAUACAUUAAUGUUCAACUCUUCAACAGUCUACUUCUUCGCCGAGAGUGUUGCUCCUUCAGCAAUGGAGAAUAUGUCAAAGCUGGUUUGGCUGAAUUGGAGCUAUGGUGCGCAAAAGCAAAACCUGAGUAUGCCGGAUCAUCAUGGGAGGAACUUAAGCAUAUAAGGCAAGCUGUGGGUUUCUUGGUAAUAUUCCAGAAGUACAGGAUUUCAUAUGAUGAGAUAGUCAAUGACUUAUGUCCGAUCUUGAGUGUUCAACAACUCUACAGAAUAUGCACACAAUACUGGGAUGACAAGUACAAUACCCAAAGUGUAUCGUCAAGUGUUCUUUCCAGCAUGCGGAUACUAAUGACAGAAGAUUCCAACAAUGCAGACGGCAGCUCCUUCUUACUCGAUGAUAGUUCCAGCAUUCCCUUCUCAGUAGACGACAUAUCGACUUCUCUACAAGAAAAGGACUUCUCCGACGUCAAGCCCGCAGAGGAGCUUCUCGAGAACCCGGCUUUCCAGUUUUUACAAGAGUGAGUCCGUGGAACCUCGAGCACGCUCUCAUGCGCACACUGUUACUCCAGGCAGAUACUUUACUUGAUUUAUUGUAAAUUUUGCAUAUUCAUAUGUUCCCUCAAAUUUGGGCUUGUAAUAUUUCAUUUUUUUUCUUUUAUAUCUUUAUUUUGAGUCAGUUAGAUGUGUCAUUUCCCCCCCUUAUGUUAUAGAUAGUCAAAGUGGGUUGGGAUUGGACAGAUCCCUCCAGUUAAUAAGGCCUAUAUUUUACAAUUUGAGGCAUCAUUCUUUGUAGGCAGUUUCAUAGUCAUAUAAGUGUGUGUGAUUUGGUGAGGAUUGUAUUUGUGUGGCCACCCCUUUUUCUAUACGGUGUACAAAAAUAUUGGACGAAAUGUAAAGGAACAGUGGAAAAACACAAUAGUUAUAUAAAUUAUUUCUUUGGGGUUUUCUUUUUUUAA